UUAUGCAGUCUCAAAGUGUGGGUGCCUCAUGCUAAGUGUCGCAUCCCCACAUAUGUCUCCUCACUUGUACGUGUCGGGCUCACGGUCCUGAGAAGCACAGCUCUGUGGGGUUUGUUGUAGAUCCUAGUGUAACACAGCUGGGAAGGGAAGAGAAGUUUCUCUCCACUUAUUACAGCCAGGACUUCAAGGCCAGGUCAACUUCUACCAGGUCUCACCAUGUCCAUCGACCCUGCGGCCGAGCUGCCUUUCUUCUAUGGUAGCAUCAGUCGCUCGGAGGCCGAGCAGCACCUGAAGCUGGCCGGGAUGUCCGACGGCCUCUUCUUGCUGCGACAGUGUCUCCGCAGUCUGGGGGGCUACGUCUUGUCUAUCGUGUGGAACCUGGACUUCCACCAUUACUCCGUAGAGAAACAGCUCAAUGGGACUUACUGCAUCACAGGAGGGAAGCCUCACUGUGGCCCUGCAGAGCUCUGUGAGUUUUACAGCAAAGACUCCGACGGCCUGGUGUGCCUCCUGAAGAAGCCGUGUCUACGUUCCCCAGAUACGCCGAUCCGGCAAGGCGUGUUUGACAGUCUGAGAGAAAACAUGCUGAGGGAGUACGUGAAGCAAACCUGGAAUCUGGAGGGCGAAGCCAUGGAGCAGGCCAUCAUCAGUCAAGCUCCUCAGCUCGAGAAGCUGAUCGCAACUACAGCCCAUGAGAAAAUGCAUUGGUACCAUGGCAAAAUCUCCCGCCAUGAGGGUGAGAGGCGGCUUUACUCGGGAGCACAACCGGACGGCAAGUUUCUAAUCAGAGACAGAGAGGAGUCUGGUACAUACGCUCUCUCCAUGAUGUACGGGAAAACAGUGUACCACUAUCAGAUCCUCCAGGACAAGUCGGGGAAAUUCUCUAUGCCCGAGGGAACAAAGUUUGACACAAUCUGGCAGCUGGUGGAGUAUCUGAAGAUGAAACCUGAUGGCCUUGUAACCGUUCUCGGAGAGACGUGUGUUAACGGCAAAGCUGCUGUUGGAAAGACACCCAGUCUUCCCAGUAGGCCACGCGGCGCCAAUGGAUACACACCGCCACCUCAAGCUCCUACACCGGCCCCAAAGACCGAAGACCGUGACCUUCUGCCCAUGGACUGCAAUGGAUUCAACCCGUAUCACAACCCCAAUGAUAUCAAGAGGUUCAACAUCCAGAGGUCCGACCUGCUGAUGGACGAGGUGGAGCUCGGCUCUGGGAACUUUGGCUGUGUCAAGAAGGGAGUCCUCAAAACCGAAUCGGGUCAGAUAGAUGUGGCCGUCAAGGUGCUGAAGAACGAAAACGAGAAGCUGGUGAAGGAGGAGAUGAUGAGGGAGGCAGAGAUCAUGCACCAGCUGAGUAACCCGUUCAUCGUCCGCAUGCUUGGCCUUUGCAACGCUGACUGUCUUAUGCUGGUCAUGGAGAUGGCUUCUGCCGGACCGCUGAACAAAUUCCUUUCCUCCAAAAAGGAUACUGUGUCGGUGGAGAACAUUGUGAACCUGAUGCACCAGGUGUCGAUGGGCAUGAAGUAUCUGGAGGAGAAGAACUUUGUGCACAGAGAUUUAGCAGCUCGCAACGUCCUGCUGGUCAAUCAGCAGUUCGCCAAAAUCAGUGACUUUGGGCUCUCCAAGGCCCUGGGAGCAGAUGACAACUACUACAAAGCUCGUACUGCAGGUAAAUGGCCGCUCAAGUGGUACGCACCAGAAUGUAUACUCUUCCACAAAUUCUCCAGCAAAAGCGACGUGUGGAGUUUUGGCGUCACCAUGUGGGAGGCGUUCUCCUACGGAGGGAAACCCUACAAGAAAAUGAAAGGACCCGACGUGAUCCGCUUCAUUGAGAACGGGAACCGCAUGGAUUGUCCGGCGGCGUGUCCGGAGCGAGUAUAUACACUGAUGAAAGAGUGCUGGACAUACAAACACGAGGACCGUCCCGACUUCAAGAAGGUCGAGGAGGCCAUGAGGAGUUAUCAUUACUCCAUAUCCGGCAAGACCAAGCCUGAGGAAGGCGCAGCCGCCGCCGCCGCCGCCGCACCUGAGCCUACCAAGUAGACAGAAAAAAGGCACAUUCUGUCCCAGCGCUGCACAAAGCGUCCUUUCAACCGGCCAUUAAACAACCAAAACAAAGAGUGUUUUAUGAACUGUGCACAGUGACCAGCUUUGACCGCAGAAGCGACGCAGCUAAACAGGCAAUAAAUGUGCAUUUGUAAAUCGGACUUCAGUGUGUCAGCCGUGCAAGGAAGCUCUCUGUCUGCCGUGGUUUGAAUGUUAAGUGUCGUAAUACUGCUGAACACAACUAAUUUUAUAUUCUGCUACUGUAAUCGAACCAUGUGUUCAAGUCUGCGUCUUUGUCCGCCUCCACCUAAAAGCAUUUUUAUUGUUUUUAGCCUAAUAAACUAGAAACAAACUAAUUAUGUGAGUGAAAAAUGUGGAUUAACUUAUCAUAAAUCUGCUGAUAUGACUGAAUUCAUUCUUAAGUGCUGUGUGAUUUUUUUUCAUUUUUUUUUCUUGGAGCUGCAACUUUAGUCUGACAUUAUAAGUCUUAAUUGUUCUUUUCCAGAUGUUCCAGAUGUUCCAAAACCAUAAAAAUAAAAAUCUGUAACUUUAUCACAGAUGUAGCGGGAAAAC